UGCCAAACGGAGCCAACUUCUAAUGCUAAAGUCGUAUUAGGAGCGUCGCACAUAGUUUCCACCUGUCAUGGAAGAGCUUGCGUGCGCGAAGGAUGAGAUGCGCGACCGCCCUCGCCCGCCUCAUCCACCGAUGCCAGAGCCUGCGCGAGCUUCGCCAAAUCCACGCCCUCAUCACCACCUCCCCCUACCUCGACCCCCGCACCGCCGCCUCCCUCCUCUCCCGCCUCCUCUUCUUCUGCGCCACCUCCCCCGCCGGCUCCCUCCCCUACGCCUCCGCCCUCUUCCGCCGCCUCCCCUCCCCGACCCUCUCCGCCUACAACGCCAUGAUCCGAGCGCACGCCAUGCCCACCUCCUCUCUCAGCCCUCUCUCCUUUUACGUCCAAAUGCUCGCCGCCGGCGUCCGUCCCGACCACCUCACCUUCCCCUUUCUGUUCAAGCACUGCUCCCUCCGCCUCGACUCUGCCGCCGGCCGGAGGCUCCACGCCCAUGUCUCGAAGCUGGGCUUCCAUUUGGACAUCUUCGUCGAAAAUGCCAUGGUCUAUAUGUAUUCGAGCUGUGGGCUCGUCGAUUCCGCGCGGAGGGUGUUCGACGAAAUGGCCCACAGAGAUAUAGUCUCUUGGAACUCGAUCUUGAUAGGGUAUUUGAGGUGCGGGGAGCUCGACUUGGCUCUGCGUCUGUUUCUGGACAUGAAGGAGAGGAAUACAAGAACUUGGAACUCGAUCAUAACUGGCUUUGCACAGGGUGGCCGGUCAAGGGAGGCAUUGGCUUUGUUCCAUGAGAUGCUUUUCUCGGCCAAUGAAUACGCUAAGCCUGACAAGGUGACGGUUGCCAGUGUAGUCUCAGCAUGUGCUUCGCUGGGAGCUCUGGACCAAGGGAAAUGGGUGCAUGGUUACUUGAAGAGGCAUGGGCUGGAGUUUGAUGUCGUGAUUGGAACCGCAUUGAUAGACAUGUAUGGAAAAUGUGGGUGUGUGGAGAGAGCUGUGGAGGUCUUCCAGGAGAUUCCCAAGAAAGAUGUCUUGGCUUGGACAGCGAUGAUCUCAGCAUUUGCCAUCCAUGGGCUUGGAGAAGAGGCUUUUGGUCUUCUGGAAGAGAUGGAGAGGCAUGGGACCAAGCCUAAUUAUGUGACUUUUGGUGCACUUCUAAAUGCUUGCGCUCAUGCGGGCCUGGUAGAAAAAGGCCGGUGGUGUUUCAAUGUGAUGAAACAAGUCUACUUCAUUGAGCCUCAGUUGCAGCAUUAUGCCUGCAUGGUUGAUUUGCUUGGCCGAGCAGGGUUAUUUGAAGAGGCUGACAGACUGAUCAGAAGCAUGCCUAUGGAGCCGGACUCGUAUGUUUGGGGGGCAUUGCUUGGUGCAUGUAGGAUGCAUGGAAAUGUGGAGGUCGGAGAAAGGGUGGCUGGUUAUUUGAUUGGCUUAGAUCCUCUGAACCAUGUAUUCUAUAUAAUUCUAUCGGAUAUAUAUGCCAAGGCUAAUAGGUUUGAGGAUGUAAAGAAAGUUAGAUCUGUCAUGAAAGAGCACCGGAUAAAGAAAACUGCACCUGGUUGCAGUAUGACUGAAGUUGAUGGCCAGGUGCUUGAGUUUUCAGCAAAAGGAACACCUGAUAACUUGAUGAUGGAAAUGGGGUGGGUGUUGAAUGGGAUCAAUGAUGAGUUGAAGUCCACAGGUUACUUACCCACUAACGAUGAGGAAUUGUUAGAAAUCCCUUGGACUUGUUGACAUGUAGCAGCUUGUUUGAGUAUCUGAUGAAGAUUCCAGGUUUGUUCCUUUUUUUGGGUAAAUUCACAGUAUCAUGAGAUUUAAAGCAAGUCUCAUCUGCGUUCUUUAUGGCAAAUGAGGAAAGGGACUUACUUGGAUCAGAACCUUGGCACACAAAAUUCUCUAUAUAUGAAGUGCGGCCUUUCAAUUAAUUUUCAGGAAGGAAUGAUGAUAAAUAAUCUAGAGAUGCAAGGAGACAGUACCGAAUGUAGAAAAUCCUUUGAACAGUGAAUGAGUGAGCAAGUAUGCUGCAUCAAAAUCAGGGCUGACAGCAACUUGUUCAAAGUGCACCUGUUCCUAUACAUAUAACAAAAAGAAAGGUGGGCAUGUAAAGUAUUCAAAUUGCAGAAGUAUCAUAACCUUAUUCUUUCAUUCUUUUAACUAAAUCAGAUUACCAUUGUUUUUUAAAUUUGAGAGCUUAUUAUAAGGUUCAACAGUUGUUGAAUAUGCCAGAAAAUUUUGAGGCUUAUGCAACCAAGUGGAUAUGCUAAGUGCUUUUUGGAAGAAAUAAGAGGCCAGGGAAUAUUUCAGACAUUUCAUGGCCAACAUCGAGGAAAUCAAGACUUUCAUGCUCACGAAUUGUAACUUGUGUCUUAACAUGCUAAUUGUGCUGUUCCACUCUUCAACUGCUGAGUAUGAUGGUACAUAGAACAAUAACUUUGACCCUAGAGGCCAGAUAAGUUGUCCUGCAACCUAUCGUUUUAUAUAUGGAACUCGUGUUGUUAUGAUCUAAGAUGCAAUCAGAUGCUACAUUGCAAUCAUGGGCAAAGAACAUGUCCGAUAAUGUAUAUGCUCUUCACCUAUACAUCUGAAAAUUAUUCUUGGCAUUUGUAAUUCAUACAGUAGUAAAGGUUCUCUUUGAAUUAAUGAACCAACUUCAGAAAAUAUGAAAACUGUUGCAGUUAUUAGGCUCCAAGCAAAUAGGCCUGGCUGUCAAUGUCAUGGCAUGAGGAUGGCAUGAGGAUGGCAUGGCACUGUCUUCUUGUUCUUUCUGCACAGACUAAUGGAUAUAUAAACCAGCAAAAGCCUUUUUGCCAAUGGCAAAUCAUUCACCACAUCCCCUUUCAUGGCUUCCCAACUCUCAGGAUUGGUAGAGCCUUUGAAGUGAGACUUCUCUAUGCUAUUGGCUCAGUUAUCUCCUUUUGCAUCUUCUGAAUCAAGGGGUCAAUCCAAAAGGCUGAUAGAUUCCUCAUUGCGGGCACCAUGUUCCAUCAGAGCAUCUACUUAUAAUUCGCUCUUUGAUUUCCAAACCAAUAUUGCAUGCAGGCACCAAACCUUUUUGGCUGAUCAAGCCUUCAGAUAGCCCGAUCUUUAUUGCUCACACUGCCAAAAUCAAGCACAUUCUCGAGUUCAGCUUCUCCAAAUACAGUGAGGGUCAGUACAGUUAUCACAUAGUGAAGGAUCUCUGUGGUAGAUAGUAAGAAGUGGCGCCACCAAAUAAAGCUUGCAAGCUUCGAGUUCUAAACCAAGGUUCUUUGAGACUUUAGUAGUGUCAUGUUUCAGAAAAGAAAAUCUCAGAUGCUGCAAAUACUGAAACUUUAACAGAUACGCAGAUAUGAUUAAAGUCAUUUGGAUAAUAGAAAGGUGGCCAUGCAUGUCAGAAGAAUUGGUCUUGUUGUUUGUCUUCUUGGCAGGAUCUUCUGAGGAGAUCGACUUGGGGCUCAAUCUUCAAAGUCGGGUUCGGUGUCAAGCUAGGCACUCUCUCAGGAUCGAAUGAGUUCGUGGCUUGGUUCAGAAGGGCUCUUAAUGACUCUAACUCCAUAUUUUUCUGGUGUCAUGCUGAUGCAUUCUGGAACAUCAAGAGGCUUCUGACCAUUUGGUUUGAGGCACAGCUCAAGAGGAACCUCAAAUUGUGAUUGAUGAUAGUGUUCCAGUUGAUUCACCACAAGACGAAGUAGAUGAAACUCGGGCAAGAAGAUGGUAGCAUAUUUCAAUUGUUUUCUUUGGAAGCCGAUACACCAAUUUCAUCUUUACAGUGAAUGCGGGAUUAUGCAUUCUAUUCUUUUGCCUUCUUGGAAGAUAUGUUACCAAGAUUUAUAAUAAUAGCAAGCAAGCAUGAACAAAAGAACCUAAAAGUCCCUAUUUAAAUUUAUUGAACAUGUUCGAUGUUGACUGGUA